AUGUACUGUAUUUCAGAAGCUUUGCAGAAGCCGCUUGAAGUAUCGUUCUUCAAUUUAGCUGAUUUGAUCGUUAGUGCGGGGUUGGUUCGAUCUACUGCGGGCUGGAUCGCAGCACAGCAACCUUUCUUUUUAAAUGGUUCGAUCGCUUUGAAUAUCGAUAAUUUUCCGAAAAGGAAUUCUACAAAACCUCCAAGAUCAAUAUUAAAAAAAAAACUUUCAGGAUUGAUAAUGCACAUUCAAGGUUUUACAAAACACCUAAAAACAAAUGUGCCCCCUUCAAGUACACUAGAUAUCACACAAGAUGGCGACGAAAUCCAUGAUGACGACCCGAAUGAUAAUUCGGAUGAUGGCUCAAAUGAUGAAGCUUCAUCAAACGAAUCCGAAUGUUUAGAAACAAAUAGCCUUCAAACUAAAUAUUGCAAGAACCUAACGGAAUAUAAUCUUAGUUUAUAUAGUUUAUUAGAUUUAUAUGAAGAUAAAAGAAUGGCUUCG